AUGAGUGAGGAUCACACCUUGCCGAAACCAGAUCGGCCCGUGACGAUAUUCGACGAACUUUUGAGAUCAACUGCAGUGAAAGAGACGUACGAUAGCCAGACAUCCGGACUGGUUGAUGAGGCAUUUGGGUUCCUUAUUGGCGGCAGCGAUACAACAACCAUGUCACUGGCUUAUGGAACUUACUUUCUUCUCACCUCUCCAAAACAAUUUGGACGACUUCGCGAUGAGCUGGAUGAGGCGAUGCCAUAUAUCAAAAGCCCUGACUGGAAUCAAAUCCAGAGACUCCCGUACUUGACUGCUAUCGUAAAAGAAACACUGCGCCUAUCCAGCGUUGUUCCUGGCAUUCUACCACGAGUAGUUCCCCCCCAGGGGGCCACUGUCCAGGGCAAAUUUAUUCCUGGGGGUUCGUACGUCUCCGUCAGCUCCAGCCUGAUCCAUGGCAAUCCAGCAUUAUUCCCGGAACCCGACGCCUUCCUUCCGGAAAGAUGGCUUGGUGAGCAGGGAAAGCUCCUGGAAAAAUGGAACGUUGCAUUUAGCAAAGGACCACGUCGGUGUAUUGGUAGCUCGUAA